AAAUAAUUUGGGGAUCCCUCAAAGAACUGAAGAGUCUCUUUUGUUCGUUCAAGGCUUUUGAUGAUUGACCUGCUCUGCUGCUUCUCGUCUACACGGAAAGACUUUAAAUGGAAGACUUGAUGUGAGAGUAAAAAACAGAGCAAAAGCUUUUGCAGCAUUAUUUUGCCUCACAGAACAAAGUGAUGCAAAUGGAGACACAGCAUUUGGAAGUGAGCAACUGAAGACCUAAUCUGCGAAAAGACAACUGCAAAAGAAACAGGAGAACCAGAACACAGACUUUGAAUAAAAGAGGACAAGAAUUGAGAGAUUUUAAACAAAAGCGCUUUGAGACUUGCCUGCCAGUCUCUGUCUCCACUCCUGCUGUCCCAUCUGUACUUUUCCUCUGCGUGUCGGGCUCUGCUCCCACUGCCGAAGCUCAGCCAUGCAGGUGUCCAUCGCCUGCACGGACCACAACCUGAAGAGGGGGAAUGGGGACCACAGCAAGCAGAGUGCCACCAGCCCCAAUGUGGUGAACCAAGCCCGGGCCAAGUUCCGCACUGUGGCCAUCAUCGCCCGCAGCUUCGGCUCUUUCACUCCACGGCACAUUUCACUCAAGGAGUCGACGGGAAAACACACGGGCAUGAAAUACAGGAACCUCGGAAAGUCAGGACUCAGAGUAUCUUGCUUAGGACUGGGAACAUGGGUGACAUUUGGGGGACAGAUAACAGACGAGGUUGCAGAGCAGCUAAUGACUAUUGCCUAUGAGAGUGGAGUCAACCUGUUCGACACAGCUGAGGUCUACGCAAGCGGCAGGGCCGAAGUCAUUCUAGGAAACAUUAUCAAGAAGAAAUGCUGGAGGCGAUCCAGCUUGGUCAUCACAACUAAACUGUACUGGGGAGGAAAAGCAGAGACAGAGAGAGGACUGUCCAGGAAACACAUUAUUGAAGGUCUUAAAGGCUCUCUACAAAGGAUGCAGUUGGAGUACGUGGAUGUAGUUUUUGCAAACCGCCCGGACAGCAAUACUCCCAUGGAGGAGAUCGUUCGGGCCAUGACCUAUGUGAUCAACCAGGGCAUGGCGAUGUACUGGGGGACUUCUCGGUGGACAGCCAUGGAAAUCAUGGAGGCGUAUUCAGUGGCAAGGCAGUUUAAUCUGAUCCCUCCAGUGUGUGAGCAGGCGGAGUAUCAUCUCUUCCAGAGGGAGAAAGUAGAAGUGCAGCUGCCUGAACUUUAUCACAAGAUAGGAGUUGGGGCGAUGACGUGGUCACCGCUGGCGUGCGGCAUCAUUACGGGAAAAUAUGAAAAUGGCAUUCCUGAAUCUUCCAGGGCCUCCAUGAAGUCGUAUCAGUGGUUGAAGGAGAAAAUAGUAAGUGAGGAUGGAAGAAAGCAACAAGCCAAGCUGAAAGAGCUCAACCACAUUGCAGAGAAACUGGGCUGCACUCUGCCUCAACUGGCUGUGGCGUGGUGUUUAAGAAAUGAAGGCGUGAGCUCAGUUCUUCUUGGAACAUCCAACCCUGAACAGCUCACUGAGAACCUCGGAGCCAUACAGGUCCUUCCUAAGAUGACGUCUCACGUGGUGUCUGAAAUCGACCACAUCCUGGGCAACAGACCAUACAGUAAGAAAGACUACCGCUCUUAGGCCAGGCUGGUGCACUACAGAGAGGUCAGCCUUCCUACUCACCUUCCUACUUAACCACACUGCUACCAUGGACCCACCCUUCAAUGUUUAAGUCCAUGGUUCUCUCCUUGGGCCCCACUCAGCUCCAGCGCACUUCAGCCUGGAACCGACAGCCUUGCUAAGCCCAGCAUUGUCGUGCUCAGAUCAGCUCUACCAGGUUCAUCUCAGGUCCAGUCCAGCUCAGCCAAGAGAUGCUUCACAAACUCAGCUUUUCGCAGCCUUAAACCUAACUUUGUCCAUCUAAGUGAAUCAAAACUGUCCCUCAACCAAGGUGUUAACACUUUCAGCACUGGUCCAUUCAAAUGUAACUAUGCAGAGCUUACCCGUGCCCAUGUAGAUGUCUCAGUUCAACUCCAUACAGGGGCCUUGUUAAGAAAUAAAUAAUAAAAAAUUCUGGCUUCUUUACGGUGUCAAGAACCGCUUCUAAUAGUCUACAAUAAACAUGCACACAUUUACAGUUGGGAUUUGAGCAGUACAGCAUGAAAAGCACUGCAAGAGGAUUUCAAGUCAAAGUGCCUUGCUCAAGGGCACCUUGAUAGUAGUUGUUGAGUGAAACGGUUUUGUUACUUAUUCACUUUUCCUACCCGCAUCCUCCCAAUGACUCAGACCCUCAGGUCUCAAGCCUUUCCUCUCUAAUGUCCAGACGUCCACCCAAAAGUAAUUUAAUUUGAGCACAAAAUUCAUACGGAGCACAUAUUUUAUUCAUGAAAAUUGCUGAAUACAUCAGUAUAAGCAACUCCAAUUUAUAAAUUAGAGGUACCUUUGGAAAGCAGAUGUGAAGAAGCUUUAGUUGCAUGAACAACCUCAGUCAGUUAGUUAGCUUUCUUUCAAUUGCUAUGCAGUGCAGAAAACAAAAUUACAACUUGAGCUUAAUAUUUGUACCUCUUAUGUCAGAGGUAUGUGCUCAAGUCGUGGGAUGAGCUGUCUUUUUCAGUGAAAAUACAAAAUAAAAUAGCUUUAUGAAUGAGGCCUCAACAAACCAGUUCCCUAUUAGCUUGAAUUUGCUUCAAACUACCUACCAAAUGUAUUCAGACUAUAUCCAGUAGAGCACAGAAUAGUAUUCAGUAGAUAUUACAGGCUGCAAAUCCAGAGUAUAUUAACCAACAGGUGCAUGUUUCUCCUGAUAUAGUGUGCCUCUCUAUAGUUUUCUACAAAGCACAUACUGAAACAACAGAAGGGAGUACUGCGAGCUAGUCAACUGUCCGUGACCGCCUGUGAAGCAAAGGAUUGUGGUUCAUCAGCGUCAGCGGGGUUGGGAUUUUGUUAGGGGAGAGAGGGAAGCAUGUCGCCCCUGUGUGGUCUUUUUCAGGAACUGCUGCUCUGCUUCAGUAGAUUAUAGAAGAGAGAAAAAACACUUUGCAAAAGAAGUGGACUCCUUUUCUCUCGGUUUGCGUUCGUUAUGGAGACAUUUGUCUCCUUUUCUGCCUGUGAACUGAACCUGCAUCGCUGAUUGCCUAAAUGAAUAUUACAGAAAAGGACUUAAGCCUGUACCAAGCCUAUGUAAUGAAGAAUGACUGACCUCCCAGCUGGUCAUGGAUACAGUAACUGCGAAAACUGCUUGUUAAUGGAACAAAGAGGCAAAAGG